AAAGAGCUGGGUGUCUUGACCUUUGCAAUUGGAACCAGGAGUGCUGAUAGCAAAGAACUGCAGAAGAUAUCCCACGACCCCAGCUAUGCACUAACUGUGUCUGAAUUCACUGACCUUCCCAAUGUCCAACAACAACUUCAGUCCUCCGUGGAGGCUGUGGUUAUCGAGGUCUCCCCAGAAUCACCACCUGUUCCUGUCGAUACUGCCAAAAAGGAUAUCGUUUUCCUCCUGGAUGGUUCUGAUGGCACACGGAAUGGCUUCCCUGCCAUGCUUGAUUUUGUUAAGAGAGUGGUGGAGAAAUUGAAUGUAGGACCUAACAAUGACCGUGUCUCUGUGGUCCAAUACAGCAGAGAUGCAGAGAUCCAUUUCUAUCUGAACACAUACACCACAAGACAGGAUAUUUUGGAUACAGUCAGAGGGCUGAGACAUAGAGGAGGCAGACCCCUCAACACCGGGGCGGCCCUCCAAUACGUCAGGGACAACGCCUUUACAAACUCCUCCGGGAGCAGGCGCCUGCAAGGUGUUCCACAAAUGUUGAUCCUGCUAAAUGGUGGAAGGUCUUUUGACAAUGUAGAUACCCCAGCCUCUGCUCUCAAACAGCAGGGUGUCUAUGUGAUAGGCAUUGGCACAAGGAACUCUGACAUGCUAACCAGGGCCACGCCCAUCACACCAAAAAAGCUGCUGAACAUGUCUGACAUUUUUUAUUCCCUAGUGGAGAGACAGCCAGCAGGAAAAGAUAUUGUGUUCUUGUUGGAUGGAUCUGAUGGUACUAGAACUGGCUUCCCAGCUGUGAAAGACUUUGUCCAAAGAGUUGUAGAGACACUCAGUGUGGAUGACAACAAAGACCGUGUCUCAGUGGUUCAGUACAGCAAAGAGCCAGCUGCCCAAUUCUAUCUGAACACGUACACCACAAAAGGCGACAUCCUUGACACUGUCAGAGGAUUGAGGCACAAAGGUGGAAGACCCCUCAACACUGGAGCAGCUCUCCAGUACUUGAGGGAUAAUGUCUUCACGGCCUCUGCUGGAAGCAGGCUCCAGGAAGGAGUCCCACAGGUCCUAGUUUUGAUAAGUGGUGGAAGGUCUUUUGACAGUGUUGAUGCACCAGCCUCUGCUCUCAAAGAGCUGGGUGUCUUGACCUUUGCAAUUGGAACCAGGAGUGCUGAUAGCAAAGAACUGCAGAAGAUAUCCCACGACCCCAGCUAUGCACUAACUGUGUCUGAAUUCACUGACCUUCCCAAUGUCCAACAACAACUUCAGUCCUCCGUGGAGGCUGUGGUUAUCGAGGUCUCCCCAGAAUCACCACCUGUUCCUGUCGAUACUGCCAAAAAGGAUAUCGUUUUCCUCCUGGAUGGUUCUGAUGGCACACGGAAUGGCUUCCCUGCCAUGCUUGAUUUUGUUAAGAGAGUGGUGGAGAAAUUGAAUGUAGGACCUAACAAUGACCGUGUCUCUGUGGUCCAAUACAGCAGAGAUGCAGAGAUCCAUUUCUAUCUGAACACAUACACCACAAGACAGGAUAUUUUGGAUACAGUCAGAGGGCUGAGACAUAGAGGAGAGACCCUCAACACCGGGGCGGCCCUCCAAUACGUCAGGGACAACGCCUUUACAAACUCCUCCGGGAGCAGGCGCCUGCAAGGUGUUCCACAAAUGUUGAUCCUGCUAAAUGGUGGAAGGUCUUUUGACAAUGUAGAUACCCCAGCCUCUGCUCUCAAACAGCAGGGUGUCUAUGUGAUAGGCAUUGGCACAAGGAACUCUGACACUAGGGAGCUGCAGAAGAUAUCAUAUGACCCUAGUUCUGCUCUAUCAGUGUCUGAUUUCACUGACCUCCCACUGAACAUGUCUGACAUUUUUUAUUCCCUAGUGGAGAGACAGCCAGCAGGAAAAGAUAUUGUGUUCUUGUUGGAUGGAUCUGAUGGUACUAGAACUGGCUUCCCAGCUGUGAAAGACUUUGUCCAAAGAGUUGUAGAGACACUCAGUGUGGAUGACAACAAAGACCGUGUCUCAGUGGUUCAGUACAGCAAAGAGCCAGCUGCCCAAUUCUAUCUGAACACGUACACCACAAAAGGCGACAUCCUUGACACUGUCAGAGGAUUGAGGCACAAAGGUGGAAGACCCCUCAACACUGGAGCAGCUCUCCAGUACUUGAGGGAUAAUGUCUUCACGGCCUCUGCUGGAAGCAGGCUCCAGGAAGGAGUCCCACAGGUCCUAGUUUUGAUAAGUGGUGGAAGGUCUUUUGACAGUGUUGAUGCACCAGCCUCUGCUCUCAAAGAGCUGGGUGUCUUGACCUUUGCAAUUGGAACCAGGAGUGCUGAUAGCAAAGAACUGCAGAAGAUAUCCCACGACCCCAGCUAUGCACUAACUGUGUCUGAAUUCACUGACCUUCCCAAUGUCCAACAA